AUGGACCACCGAGACUCGGGCGUGAUCCCGUCACCCCCGUCUUCCGUUGGGCAGCGGCUCACACAUGACGACGACAUGACAGUGGAAAACAUCCCGAACGGGUCGAACCCAAACCUGACGCACCUGGGCCGGUUCGAUCUGGGUUGCUGCGAGCGCGUAGUCAUCAACAUCUCGGGUUUGCGCUUCGAGACGCGGCUGCAAACUUUCAGCCAGUUCCCCGAGACGCUACUGGGCGACCCCCGCAAGAGGAUGCGCUACUUCGACCCUCUCCGGAACGAGUACUUCUUCGACCGGAACCGACCCAGCUUCGACGCUAUUCUCUACUAUUAUCAAUCCGGAGGGCGCAUCAGGAGACCCGUCAAUGUUCCAAUCGAUAUAUUCUCAGAGGAAAUUCGAUUUUAUCAACUCGGCGAGGACGCCAUGGAGAAAUUCCGCGAAGAUGAAGGUUUCAUUAAGGAAGAGGAGCGCGUCUUGCCUCAAAACGACUUUCAGAAACAAAUCUGGCUUCUAUUCGAACACCCGGAGAGUUCGGGUCCGGCGCGAGGGAUUGCCAUUGUGUCCGUGCUCGUCAUCCUAAUCUCCAUCGUAAUAUUCUGCAUGGAGACCCUUCCAGAGUUCUCCGACGAGCGGGACCGAAACACGACGCUCACCCGGAACAGUACGGACGGCGGGGGACCCCUAUCGAACGCCUUUAGCCCCUUCACUGACCCUUUUUUCGUCAUCGAGACGUUGUGCAUCAUCUGGUUCUCCUUUGAGCUCAUUGUGCGGUUCUUCUCGUGUCCUAGUAAAACCACGUUCUCCAGGAACAUCAUGAACGUCAUCGACGUGGUGGCCAUCAUCCCGUACUUUAUCACGCUGGGCACUGAGCUGGCUGAAACGGAGAGUAACAGGGGCCAGCAGGCCAGCAUGUCCCUCGCCAUCCUCCGGGUCAUCCGCCUGGUGAGGGUUUUUCGGAUCUUCAAGCUGUCUCGACAUUCCAAGGGGCUCCAAAUCCUCGGGCAGACCCUCAAAGCCAGCAUGAGAGAGUUGGGUUUGCUCAUUUUUUUCCUUUUCAUCGGAGUCAUCCUUUUCUCCAGCGCGGUCUACUUCGCCGAGGCGGACGACCCCACGUCCAGCUUCAGCAGCAUCCCGGAUGCCUUUUGGUGGGCUGUGGUCACCAUGACGACGGUGGGUUACGGGGACAUGCAUCCGGUGACCAUCGGGGGAAAAAUUGUGGGCUCCUUGUGCGCCAUCGCCGGCGUGCUAACCAUCGCUUUGCCGGUGCCAGUCAUAGUGUCCAACUUCAACUACUUCUACCACCGCGAGACGGACGCCGAUGAGCAGCCACCGUCAGGGGAACCCCCGGCCGAGAACUCGCCCAGCGCGGAGCUCCUGCGGCCGCGGGGGUCAUUCGACUCCUUCGCCGGAAAAGGAGACCCGCACGUCGACGUGGAGGAGCAAGACAAGCGGCCUCAAAUCAACAGUCAGAACUGCGUGAAUAUCACCAGGAUGUUCACAGAUGUCUAA